AUGCUAUUUGUAGGCAUCAACUCAUUGGGACACCCAAUCCAACGGCCACAAUUGAUGGAAAUAACACAGGAGCUCUCAGUAGGAUCACUGCUGUCCAUUCGCAGAUACUUUCCGCCUGUUCCUGGCUUAUCGAGGAAUAUUCAUCACGCAAUGUCGUUCCAUGAGAAAGGAUUUUGGAUGACGAAAGGGAAUAAUCAUCAUAUGACCGAUGGAGACGCCAUAUUUGGUAACUCAUCCAGACUAGAAUCAAAACGCUCGCACCAAUGGUUUGCAGAUGCAACAGAAGCAGAAUUAUUCCCUCACAAAAGACAAGCCAUAGAAUCUCCAAACAGCAAAUCAAUUUCUGUAUAUCCAACUUCUCAUCUAUCGUGGGACAAUGUUUCUGUUUCUGCUCUUCAAUCAUCCCCAAAUCAGUUCAUCGAUCGUUUAUUGGGAUCUCCUGAUGGAAAUCUGAAUAAAAAAAUCGUCCAUGAUCAAGUUCAACUCGAAAACGGAUCCUCAGUUGGUUUAUCUAUGUCUUACACCAUUGAAGACCCCGAUAGUUUGAUCUAUGGAGGGAUUAGGAAAGUUAAAGUGAAUCAAGUUAAGGACAUUGAUAACAACGACACCAGUUUCAUCACAAUGGGGCCUAACACCAACUAUGGCAAUGAAGAUGGAAAUGUAACUUUAAUGGGACAUUCUUAUACAGGAUUCGAUCCUGCUCCUAGAUCAGCCAUUGCUACAAGCAAAGAUGAAGAGAAUUCCAUAUCUUUUGGUGGAUUUCAAGAUGAAUCUGAGAUGCCAAUAAAUGGGUAUUAUAUCAAAGCCAUGAACAACUAUGGGUUAUCAUUUGAUCAAUCUACAGUCAAAACAUUGCAGUCUCCAGAGAUUAUUAAAGAGUUGGAUGUAGCCAAUGUGCUUGGUGUUGUUGCAAGUGCACCUCAGAGUGUUAUUAAAUCAAAGAGCAAAUUAGAAACAAAACCAGCUAAAAAAGAAGCACCUAAUAGCUUCCCUUCAAAUGUCAGAAGCUUAAUGGCUACUGGCAUACUUGAUGGAGUCCCUGUCAAAUACGUUUCACUUUCAAAGGAGGAGCUUUGUGGGAUUAUAAAAGGUUCUGGAUACUUGUGUGGUUGUCAAUCAUGUAAUCACUCUAAGGCACUGAAUGCUUAUGAAUUUGAGAGGCAUGCGGGAUGCAAAACAAAGCAUCCAAACAAUCACAUAUAUUUUGAGAGUGGGAAGACAAUAUAUCAAAUAGUUCAAGAGUUGAGGAGCACCCCUGAGAGUUUAUUGUUUGAUGCAAUUCAAACUGUAACUGGUUCACCCAUUAAUCAGAAAGCAUUUCGCACAUGGAAAGAAUCUUUUCAAGCAGCUACUCGUGAACUUCAACGCAUUUAUGGAAAGGAUGAACUCAAUAUAUAGAAUUUUUCAGAUUGUUUAAAAUGUAAGAAAGAAUCGAUUAUGAUGCUUGUCGGCUUUGAUAACCAUCUGUACAUGAGUAUUUUAUAUAUAGGUUUGAUUUUUUUUUUGUUUGUUUGCAGUGUUUGUCAAAUUUGAUUCUGAUAAUAUCAUUUUUAGGGUAGCUUUUGAGAGCUUCUAUGUUAUCAGGGAAAAUGACUUAUCAGGGUAAUCAUCUUUGUCACUUUGUUCACAUUUAGGCAACUUCUUUAUUUUUGU